GGCGGGCGGAGGGGAAGUGGGGGGGGCGGAGCUCCCGCCAUGUCGCAGCGCUCCGGGGACAGAGAUCGCGACAGGGAGCGCGACAGGGAGCGCGAGCUGCAGUGGUCGGCCCGCAGGAUGGGCACGUCGCUGCUGCUGCAGCUGUCGGCGCACGAGCGGGAGCUGGACCUGGUGUGCCUCGACCACAGCUACGCCAAGCCCUGGAGCGCGCACCCCGACGCCAGCGCCGCCCGGCCCGCCCGGCUCCUCUUCCUCACCCCGCGGAGGCACCUCGGCAGCGCCCCGGAGGCCGAUGUCCCCAUCGACGUGGAGACGGUGACGCCCACGCCGGUGCCGCUGUACGACAACCAGAAGGCUCGGAGCGUGAUGAACGAGUGCGAGCGGCACGUCAUGUUCGCCCGCACCGACGCCGACGCGCCCCCGCCGCCCGACGACUGGGAGGAGCACGUCAACAGGACGGGCUGGACCAUGGCCCAGAACAAGCUGUUCAACAAGAUCCACAAAGCGCUGCAGUCGGACAGGCUGGCCCGCCUGGCCAAUGAAGGGGCCUGCAACGAGCCGGUGCUGAGGAGGAUCGCUGUGGAUAAAUGUGCCCGCAGGGUGCGCCAGGCCCUGGCCAGCGUCAACUGGGACACCAAACUCAUCCAGUGGCUUCACACCACGCUGGUGGAGACCCUGAGCCUGCCCGUGCUGGCUGCAUACCUGGAUGCCCUGCAGACCCUGAAGGGAAAGAUCCCCACGCUGAUCGACAGGAUGCUGCACUCCUCCACGGCCAAGACGGGAGCAGCGGGCGCUGAGGCGCUGUCCCUGCUGCUCAAGAGACCCUGGGACCCCGCAGUGGGUGUCCUGUCCCACAAUAAACCAAGCAAACUGCCCGGAUCCCCCCUGAUCCUCAUCGCUUCCUCCGGCCCCGCCAACUCCCUGUUCCCCACGUCCCGGCGGCACCGCUUCUGGCAGUCCCAGCUCUCCUGCCUGGGAAAGGUGAUCCCCAUCGCCACGUCCCUGCUGAACAACGGCAGCGGGGUGGGGGUGCUGCAGUGCCUGGAGCACAUGAUCGGCGCCGUCAGGGGCAAGGUGGCCGAGAUCCACAACCACUUCUCUCACAAGCAGAUCAUCCUGAUCGGCUGGAACACGGGUGCCUUGGUGGCCUGUCACGUUUCCGUGAUGGAAUAUGUCACUGCUGUCGUGUGCCUCGGCUUCCCCCUGCUCACCGUGGAUGGCCCCAGAGGGGAUGUGGAUGACCCCCUCCUGGAGAUGAAGACCCCGGUGCUCUUCGUCAUCGGGCAGAACUCCCUGCAGUGCAACGUGGAAGCCAUGGAGGAUUUCCGGGAGAAGAUCCGGGCGGACAACAGCAUGGUGGUGGUGGGAGGAGCCGAUGACAACCUCAGGAUAAGCAAAGCCAAAAAGAAGUCAGAAGGGCUGACCCAGAGCAUGGUGGACAGGUGCAUCCAGGAUGAGAUUGCAGACUUCCUGACAGGGGUGCUGACCCGGGCCGAGAGCCACUCGGGCUCCGAGCCCCGCGACCUGGACGCCGAGAGGAAGAAGAAGCCCCGUGAGUGCAGCAGGAGGGAUCUGUCCUUCGAGCUGCCCGAGAGGAGCAGCAGACCCGCCUCCCCUGCAGCCAAAGUGCCAGCCUCGCCCUCAGGCUCCGAGGACCUGUCCAGCGUGUCCAGCAGCCCCACGUCCAGCCCCAAGACCAAGGUGGCCGCGCUGGCCCUGCCCAAGCCCAGCCAGGUGGGCCCCACGCAGCUGCAGAGGAGGCCGGUGCCGAGGCCAGACGCUGUCCUGACCCACAAGCAGGCACAAGCUGCGGUGGCCCCCGAGCCCUCGGAGGGGGCUGGCAGAGGUGGGCGAGUGCAGCUGAAGAGGCAGCAGAGCCCCAGCCCCAGGCAGUGCAGCAAGGCCUCCAAACGAGCCAAAAUCCAGGUGACCAUUGUCUCCCACGGAGAUGCCACGGGCACCGGAGCAGCCCUCGGCACCCAGGCUGCAAUUGUCUCCGGGAAGCCGCUGCCCCUGGGCCAAGCCGUGUCCAGCACCAAGGAGCUCUCGGGGCUGCUCUCCACCCCCAAGCUCAGCUCAAGCACGGAGGCCUCGCUGAGCCCGGCCCAGGCCGGGAUCCCCAGCAGCUCUGCCCCCAGCGCCUUCCACGCCCUGCAGAGCCGGCUGGUGGCCAGCAGCGGCCACGGCCUGCCAGCCCAGCCGGCCACUGCCCUGCCAGGAGCAGCCUCUGCCAGCAGCCUGCUCCAGGGGCUGAGCUUCAGCCUGCAGGAUUUGGGCACCAAGGCCUCCAGCCUGGCCCCCAGCGCGGCGGCCGCCGGCUCACCUGUGCAGGGCCCGCCGCUGAAGGCUCCCGGGGCGCUGCAGGGCCUGGCUGCGCUGGGCUCCGAGGCGGGCGCCCUGGUGCGCACCAUCCCCGUGGCCACCUCGCUGGCCCUGGGGGCCUCGGGCAAGCCCACGGCCAUCCACCAGCUGCUGAGCAACGGCGGGCUGGCCAAGCUGGCCAGCAGCCUGCCCGGGCUGGCCCACAUCUCCAACCAGGCCACAGGCCUGAAGGCCCCGGCCACCAUCACGGUGACCCUGCGGGGACAGCCCGGCCGCGUGGGCACCCUGAGCCAGGCGGGGCUGGGCACGGCACAGCCCCAGCUGGAGGAGCAGCCCCAGGGCCCUCAGUGACGGCCACGGAGCCCCCGUGGUGUGGGAGGCCAGGCUGGUGUGGCACUGCCGAGGCUGCCCCGUGCCAGCCUGGGCACCCCGAGGUGGCACCUCCAGGACACGGCGGGGACACUCUGGGGACACCGUGGGGCUGGCCAGCAGCAGCCACGCCGCCCUGGGGGCUGUGGGGACCCCCAGGAUUCCUGGAGGGUAGGAAAGGGGGGAUGUUCUUCUGGGUUUGUUGCUGUUUAAUAAAAACUUCCUUUUUUUU